AUGCUAGGAAAAAUGGCAACAGAAGCAGCAGCUCGUACUUUCUUCUCGUCUCCUUACUUCGCUGUAGUGGGCGCCUCUUCAGACCCUGCAAAGUUUGGACACAAAAUAUUCGCAUGGUAUACGGCCCACGGUCUUCCAGCAACUCCUAUCAACCCCUCCUCCCCCUCCAUUAAAGUCGGUUCCACCGAUUACUCCACUCUUCCCUCAAUCUCCGCUCUUCCCCAUCCAACUGAGACGGGUGUCUCUAUCAUCACUCCUCCAAAAAUCACAAAGAAAGUCUUGGAGGAGGCAAAAGCUCUGGGAAUCAAGAGUGUGUGGUUGCAGCCUGGAACAUAUGAUGAUGAGAUUCUAGGAUUUGCUUUGAAAGAGUUUGAGGGUGGGGUUGGAGGGGAAGAGGGUGGAACUGUGGGAGGGGAGGGCUGGUGUGUUUUGGUUGAUGGAGAGAGAGCGGCUAAGGCUGCUGGUAGAGAUUUGAAAUUGUGA